CCCCCCGCUAGGCCGUAGCCAGCCAGAACCCAAGCUGCCAACCAGCGCGGGCUACCUGGCCGCUCCCACCCCCCGCGCUGCUACUGCUAGCCUCGCCGGCUCGCCGCCUCCCGUUCCGCCGCUGCAGCCGCGGAGGCCACUACCCGGGGUUGGGGUUGGGUUGGAUCUAGCCGGCCAGGGCGCGAAGAUGGACGGCGGCGGCGGAGGAGGAGGAGCCACGACGGCGCUGGGGGAGCCGCUGCUGGCGAAGAAGGGGAGGGCGUACCGGCCGCGGUGCCCCGGGUGCCGGGUGGAGCGCCUGAACGCGGAGCGGGAGGGUGUGUUCCCGCUCAAGGACCUCUUCCUCAUCUGGCUCGUCACCAUCACCUGCACCCUGCCGAUCCAGACUCUGUUUCCCUUCUUGUAUUUUAUGAUAAGAGACCUGCAUAUUGCUAAACAGACCCAAGAUAUUGGAUUUUAUGCUGGUUUUGUUGGCGCUUCAUAUAUGUUUGGAAGAGCAAUCUCCUCAACAGUGUGGGGAAUUGUGGCCGAUAAGCAUGGCAGGAAACCGGUUAUCAUAUUGACCCUUGUUUCAAUAAUUAUCCUCAACACUCUCUUUGGACUGAGCUUAAACUAUUGGAUGGCAUUAACCACGCGAUGUCUGCUCGGGGUCAUGUGUGGCUAUCUCGGCCCAAUUAAGGCUUAUGCUACAGAAGUGUGCCGAAAAGAAUACAAUCAUCUGGCUUUAGCAGUUGUUUCUUCCUCGCGAGGCAUUGGUCUCAUUAUUGGACCGGCUAUUGGUGGUUAUCUUGCACAGCCUGCAGAUAAAUAUCCAAGCAUAUUCUCUCAGACGUCUAUAUUUGGGAGGUUUCCGUAUUUUCUCCCCUGCCUAUGUAUAUCAAUCCUUGCAGUUCUUGCUCUAAUUGCAUGCACCUGGUUUCUGAUUGCAUGCACAACAUUACAGGAAACUCUGCAUAAACACAAUGAAGAUACUGUUGAUAAUUCAGUCGAAGCUAUAGAAGAAUCUCUUGCUGGUACGGACACUGAAGAAAAUGGAAAUGGUGGAUGCCUACAAUUAUUUAAAAACUGGCCAUUGAUGUCAGCUAUUACUUUAUAUUGUAUUUUCUCUCUCCAGGAUGUUGCUUAUGCAGAGGUAUUCUCCCUCUGGGCUGUCAGUGACAGAUCGUAUGGUGGAUUAAGCUUUACUACCACAGAUGUGGGCAAUGUCCUUGCAGCGUCAGGUCUCUUCCUUUUUCUAUAUCAAAUGUUCGUUUAUCCAUUGCUUGCAAAAUCGGUAGACCACAUCACAUUAGUCCGAGGAGUGGCAAUAUUGACUAUACCACUUCUUGCUUGCUAUCCAUUCUUUCCUUCACUGUCAGGGUUUGUUCUUAUGUUGGUAGUAAAUUUCGCAUCUUUCCUGAAGAAUACUUUCUCGGUAACUACCAUUACCGUGUUCAACAUUUUAAUGAAUGAAGCUGUGACGCAGGAUGUAAGAGCGGCAGCCAACGGCAUCGCUGUAACACUAAUGUCCAUCUCUAAAGCUGUUGCUCCAGCUGUUGCAGGAAUAAUAUUUUCAUGGGCCCAAAGGCGCCAAACAGCUUCAUUUCUUCCAGGCGACCACUUGGUGUUCUUCAUGCUGAACGUGUUCACGGUCACCGGCCUCGUGUUCACCUUCAGGCCCUUUUUUGUCCGAGGCAGCGCGAAGCACUAAGACACGAACGAACACCAGCGUCCCCCCAUGGUAUCCUAUACAUCCAGGGGCAAGGCGAUCUAUAUUUUUUCUUCCGGCGCAGGCCUCUACAACUCAGGCAAAGAACACAAGUGUUCCUUCUCAUCCCCUUGCGCAGCAUGCCGCUGCUGUAUGUGCUGGAACAACAUUCUGCUGCCGCGCAUGCUGCCCGGUUUUUUCACGCGCGUAAGUAGUGUAGAGAAAUUGUUCUGGUCAGGUAGGUGUUUGUGCAUCGUCGGUAGUGGAGCAUUGAUUUUGUAAGAAGGUCACGAUGCCCUUUUCACGGCAUGGUUGAUGAAUGAAUAAAAAAAGGAAAAUACGCAUGCGAAGAAAAUAAAAA